GUAUUGUCGUAGUAUUUUCACGUUACUAAGCACGCUUUGUGAAGCCAUUUUGCCAACUCCUGCGGCAGAGCGAGACAGGGAGUUGAGCACGGGUUUGCUAUUACUGCGUCAUACAACAAUAUAUAUCAAGAUUCCGUAUAUAUGUCUAUGAUUGUAGGGAGGGCCCGCCAUCUUCUGCCACGCCAUUACACUGCAGCCAUCUCUCGUGUCUCAGUAUUUUCCACAAUGAGUGCCCCACAGCCCAGCCUGGAGCCGGGAUCAGAGCCUUAUAAGCCCAGAUAUAUCGAUAUAGGAAUUAACCUAGCCGAUCCUAUAUACAGGGGCAAGCAUCGUGGCGUCCAGCGGCAUCCAGAUGAUCUCAAGGAUGUCAUCGGAAGAGCCAAGGAAGUAGGCUGUACCAAGCUCAUCGUGACGGGCUCUGACUUCACAAGCUCGCGUGACUCGUUGGAGCUGGCAAAAGAAUUUCCUGGAACUUGCUUCGCUACCGCUGGCAUUCACCCCUGCAGCAGCGCCAUAUUUUGCAAAGGAGGCCACGGGCGACAUGAAGAACAUACGACCCCCUGUGAGCCUGAAGACCCAGAACAGAGUGAACAUCAGGGCGAGCCGGAUGCGGAAACCUCGGCGAAGGUGAUUGAGAAAUUUAUAACCUUCCUCGCCGAUGCCAGAUCGUCUGGCGAAGGGCAUCUAGUUGCCGUGGGAGAGUUUGGACUUGAUUAUGACCGGCUAAACUUUUGCAGCAAGGCUGCUCAGCUGCAUUCUUUUGAGGCUCAGCUCAAAGUUGUUGCCUCCCUACAGCCUCAAUUGCCGCUAUUUCUCCACUCAAGAGCUGCUCAUCGCGACUUUGUAGACCUAUUGAAAGGGGCUUUCGGCGAAAGGCUAGAAAGGCUAGAAAAGGGUGGUGUGGUACACAGCUUCACAGGGACCAUAGAAGAGAUGAAGGAAUUGAUGGAUCUGGGCCUCCAUAUUGGUGUCAACGGCUGCAGUCUCAAGACGGAAGAAAACCUGGCCAUGGUCAAGGAGGUCACUCUUGACAGGAUCAUGCUCGAAACGGAUGGUCCUUGGUGCGAAGUACGACCCAGCCAUGCUGGAUACCAAUAUCUGAUCGAGAAAAAGCCUGAGCCGGAACUGCCAGUGCCGAAUGGUGAUGCUCAGCCGCCCGUGGGAGCCGCACAGCAGCAGGCAAAGCGGCCGAAAAAACAGAAGAACCAAAAGAAGGAGCCCGAUGUGCCGAAUCGCUUCAAGAUAGUUAAGAAGGAGCAGUGGCAAGAGGGAGCCAUGAUUAAAGGCCGCAACGAACCAUGCACCAUUGAGCGGGUUGCUAAAAUCGUUGCCGCCGUUAAAGGGGUAACCAUCGAAGAACUUUGCGAGGCGUCUUGGAGAAACACGGUAAAUGUUUUUGGCCUUGGUGAAAGAAGCUAGAUUUAUCAUGGUGCAUCGUAAAGGGUAUCAAGCGCAUAGAAAGAGC